AUGGCCAAUAUGGGGUUAUUCCAGUUGCUAAUGAAGAAAAAAGAACUUAUUCCGCUGAUUGGAUUUGUGACUUUUGCCGGAUGCGGGGCAAUCUUUUCUGCGCUGUACGCCUUCCGCAAAAGUGAUGUGAUCAUAAACAAACAUGGUAACCCCGAACCAUGGGAACAUGUGGAUCCUACCAAACCCCAGAAGCUGCUAUCAAUCAACCAGGAGUGGAAGCCAAUAGAAGAGCUGGAAAACAUCCGGAAGAUUAUGAAGUGA